AUGGAGGACGGCGCGGUGCGCGCGGACUGGCGCGCGAUCGACGUCGUCGACGACGCGUGGGCGAACGACGCGCUGCCGGACGACGCGGUGCGGUUGAACGCGGAGAUGGCGGCGCCGGUGGACGACGCGGAGGAGGGGAACGAGGACGGCGGGACGGGAGGAAACGAAGACGAGACGUGGAAGGAUUUAGGUUUGAACGAUGUGAGGUGA